AAUAUUCUUCUUCUGUUUUUCCUGCUAGUUCCAGACUCUCACGAUAGCAUUUUCAUUCCGUUUAAUAUACUUAUAAUAUUGGCAAAAAACCGAUCGAAAAAUGUCUCCAAAAAAAGUAUGCAUAGUUGGAUCUGGAAAUUGGGGUAUGGUCAUUGCCAAAAUAAUUGGAAAUAAUGUUCAAAACACAAAGGAUUUUGAGACUUCUGUGUCAAUGUAUGUUUUUGAAGAGAUGGUUGAAGGACGAAAAUUAACCGAAAUUAUUAAUACUGACCAUGAGAAUACCAAGUAUUUGCCCGGACAUAAAGUUCCUGCAAAUGUUGUCGCUAUUCCCGAUGUCAUCGAAGCAGCAUCUGAUGCAGACGUAUUGGUUUUUGUACUCCCUCACCAAUUUAUGAAAAAUAUUUGUAAGACACUAAAAGGAAAAGUAAAGGAAAGUGCUGUGGGAAUUACCUUAAUUAAGGGAUUGGACAUUACUGAAGCUGGAUUAGAUUUGAUUUCGAAUAUGAUUCGCCGAGAACUGUCUAUACCUUGCGCCGUUUUAAUGGGAGCUAAUAUUGCUUCCGAGGUUGCUAGAGAGAAUUAUUGUGAAGCAACAAUUGGUUGCAAAGAUAAGGAUAUAGGUAAUACUUUCAAAGAUUUAAUGCAAACUCCCUACUUUAGAAUAGUAGUUGUGGAAGACGAAGCAACUGUAGAGCUCUGCGGAGCUCUAAAGGACGUAAUGGAAAUUGCCGCGGGAAUAGCUGAUGCUCUAGACAUGAUUGCAAAUACAAAAGCCGCUGUAGUUCGUUUAGGAAUCUUUGAAUACCAACUGCUACUUUUAAAACUAGUUAUCCCAAAUAUUGUGAAUAUUGUAGCAGUUGGUGCUGGAUUUACCGAAGGUUUAGGCUUUGGAGAUAACACAAAAGCAGCAGUAAUCCGUUUGGGAUUAAUGGAAAUGGUUAAAUUCAUUGAAGAAUUUUUUGGGCAAUCGAAAAUUGAGACGUUUUUGGAAAGCUGUGGAAUAGCUGAUCUUGUUACAACCUGUUAUAGUGGAAGAAACAGACGUUGUGCGGAGGCAUAUGUUCGGCAAUAUCCGAAAAAGAGCCUCAAAGAAAUUGAAAUAGAAAUGUUAGAUGGACAAAGUCUACAAGGUCCAAUAACAGCUGCAGAAGUUAAUCAUAUGCUCAGAAAGAAUAAUCUUGAGAAUAGAUUUCCUAUUUUUACGGCUGUUCAUUACAUAUGUGUGGGUGACCUGUCGCCAACUAGAUUUAUAGAUUGUUUGAGAGAUCAUCCUGAGCACAUGUAG